UGGUUAUUUGGGUUUCCGAGAAAAGCAAACAAAUAUAAAAGCAUUGUUAAACAAUUAGACUGGUCUUUUGGAACUUUACACGCCACAAUAAUCAUCUCUCUGCGGUUUAGUUAAAACCCUUCGAUCUUGCAGAGAAGCAGUAACAAUGGCGCAGUACGAUUUAACUUCAAAGAUAGCGCCCCAACUGGACAGGCACCUGGUAUUCCCUCUCCUGGAAUUCUUGCAGGAGAAGCAGCUGUACCCAGAUGACCAAAUCCUUAAGUCUAAAAUCGAGCUGCUCAGCAAGACAAACAUGGUUGACUACGCUAUGGACAUUCACAAGAGCCUCUACCGCACCGAAGAAGUCCCACAAGAAAUGACAGACCGUCGUGUUGAAGUAGUUGCAAGGCUCAAGUCCUUGGAAGAAAUGGCAGCACCUCUUAUCUUUUUUCUUCAGAAUCCCUCACUUGUUCAGGAGCUUCGUUCUGACAAGCAGUACAAUCUCCAGAUGCUCAAUGAUCGCCAUCAGAUUGGACCUGAUCAAAUAGAGGCAUUAUAUCAAUAUGCCAAGUUCCAAUUUGAGUGUGGUAACUACUCUGGGGCAGCUGAUUACCUGUAUCAGUAUCGUGCUCUUUGUACAAACAGUGACAGGAGUUUAAGUGCUCUGUGGGGCAAGCUUGCAGCAGAGAUUCUGAUGCAAAAUUGGGACGUUGCUCUUGAGGAACUUAAUCGCCUGAAAGAAAUCAUCGAUUCUAAGAACUUUGCAUCUCCUCUCAAUCAACUGCAAAGUCGGACAUGGUUGAUGCAUUGGAGUCUUUUUAUAUUCUUCAAUCAUGAGAAUGGAAGAAAUGGCAUUAUUGACCUCUUUUUCCAAGAGAGGUAUUUGAAUGCUAUCCAGACAAAUGGACAUCAUCUUCUUCGAUAUGUUGCUACUGCAGUGAUUGUCAAUAAAAGGAGGAGAAACAUGAUAAAGGAGCUAGUUAAAGUUAUUCAACAAGAACAAUAUGCAUAUAAAGAUCCCAUUACAGAAUUUAUGGAAUGCUUAUAUAUAAACUAUGAUUUUGAAGGGGCACAGAAAAAACUGAUUGAAUGUGAAGAAGUAAUACUGAAUGAUCCCUUCCUUGGUAAGCAAGUACAGGAGGGAAAUUUUGUCACAGUGCCUCUGAGGGACGAGUUCAUGGAAAAUGCCCGUCUUUUCAUUUUCGAGACAUACUGUCGUAUUCAUCAAUGUAUUGACAUACGAAUGCUUGCAGACAAGCUAAACAUGAGCUAUGAAGAGGCUGAACGAUGGAUUGUGAACCUUGUAAAGAACGCAAAGCUAGAUGCCAAGAUUGAUUCAACAUCAGGGACUGUUGUCAUGGGAACAAACCACACAAGCAUGUACGAGCAAAUUAUAGAGAACACCAAACAAUUGUCAAUGCGGACCUAUGUCCUGGCAAACAAUGUUGCUUCAGCGGCUGUACCUACUGCGCAGGCGGCCUCUUCCAUGCGGGUAUGAAAUUGAAGCUCCCAUGGUUUACUUUGGGGAGUUUUAUAUAUUACAGGAUGAGUCAUUCCAGCGGCUGUCAAAACUGAUUGAAUUCAAUGAAUUUUGAGUUUGGGCCUGUAUUGUUAUUUCAACCAAAAUUUUGUUGAACCCAUAUUUUCUGGUGGAUUCAAAUUUUUUUGUUAAACCAAUUUUUUCUGGUGGAUUUGAAAAAAGUUAUUUUUUUAUAUGAAUUCACUUUUUUCCUUCUUGAACUGCA